AUGCUCUGGCUCGCCUACGUCGUCAAGGAGUCGCGCUUUGUCGCCAACCUCCCGUUCCACCUGUUCCCGCCCAACCUCCCCGCCCAGUUCGUCCACCUCCCGCACGCUGGCUCGUCCGGCGAGCGUCUCGAAGCGUUCACGGCGCGCUCGGACCCGUCGGGACCGUUAGCACGCCGCCUCGCCUACUGCGAGGACGCAGUACACCUGCCGGCGUCCGAUGGCGCACGUGGAAACGCGCUCGUCCUCGUCUCGUGCGACCCGCAGCGCCGGCGGUGGAACACGGUUAUGGCCCCGCUCGCCGACCCGCACGGCGGCCAAGGCGCGCUCUGGGUCGUCGACGCGCUCGGCCGAGACGACGAGCUCGUGCACCAGGUCGAGCUCGAAUGGGCCGCACUCGAGCGCGGCGAGGUCGAGUUUCACCCGCUUGGGAUCGCGCUCGUUCCUCCUGUCGGCGGCGGCGACGACGCCGACGACGGCGUCCGACUGUUUGCCGUCAACCACGGCGCCGCACGGUCGACGAUCGAGGUCUUCUCGCUCUCGCCCGUCUCGCCCUCGCCGCACCGUCCUCUCGGCCACCGCGCGACGCACCUCUUCACCCUCUCGCACCCCUCCCUCUCCGGCGCGCCCAACUCGAUCGCCCCGCUCUCGCGCACGAGCUUCCUCGUCUCGCACGACCAUCGCCACACGCGUCGAAGGCGCUCCCUCGUCGGCCGGCUCGCCAACUUUGUCGAGACGGUCGGCGCGCUGCCGUACGGCCGCGUCGACUACGUCGCCUUCGACGAGCCGGUCGCCCGCAAGGACGCGCAGGAGGUCGUCGUGCGCACGUCGACGGUCGCGAGGGGCAUCUCGUUCGCGAACGGGCUCGCGCUGUCGCCCGGCCGGGAGACGCUCGUCGUCGCGUCGACCUCGCGCCGGCAGCUCCUCUUCUACGACGUCCGCGCUUCCUCCUCCCUCGGCGAAGACGUCCCCCCGACCCUCACCCUACGCCGCACCGUCACCCUCCCCAUACUCGUCGACAACCUCUCCCUUCUCCCCUCGUCCCCCAACUCGACCUCACUCACCGUCCUCGCCGCCGGCCACCCGUCGUACCCGGCCCUCCUCUCGGCCGCACACGGUCUCAGCCUGCGCCUGCGCCUUCCCGGCCCCUUGCGCGAGUGGGCCGCGACGCUCGGCGCGCGAGACUGGGAGGAGUGGGACGUGCGGCUGAGGGCGGACGAGCAGAGGGGGAUGAGCUGGGCCGUCGCGGUGCGCGACCCGCCUCUCUCUCGCUCUGCUGGCGGCGAGGAGGGGCACGAGGAGGAGAGAGAGGCGUGGGAGACGGUGUACCAGUCGAGCGGGCGCAUCGCCGAGGGUGGGUUCGGCGGGAGCACGACGGCGGUCGCAGGGGUCAGUGCGGCGGCGGGCGAGGAGCGCGCCUGGCUCGUCGUCGUGGGCCUGUACGAGGAGGGCGUGCGCAGCGUCCGUCAGUAG